GAAAAUAAAAAGAAAAAAAGGUUGUUGUUGUGCUACAUUGAAUGCUUGUUCAUAUACCAUCAUUUCUUGAACAUUGACGGAUAAAUCAAUCUCUCUCUGCAACACUUUUCCAGCGAACCAAAAAUUUCCAUAAAUAUUCAAUCUGUACUGCAUAAGAUCAAAUUUUGUUUGUGGGUUUUUGAUUUUGAUCCAUUUUAGAAAUGGGUUUGGUUUAAAUUUUGAUUCUUGGUUAAUGUGUAACAACAAUCUUGUAAGCUCAAUUGCAGAUUUUGAUCAACAGCAACAAUACCCAGAUCAAAUUAAACCCCAACUGUGAAAAAGAUUUGAUCGUUAUCAGUUUGAAUCCAUCAAACAUCAAUGGCUGUUGUUGAAAAUGUUCGGAGUAUCAACGUUGUUGCAUCAGAUGUCGAUCGAUCAAAUGAUUACAACAGCCACCAUCAGCAACAGCUGAAGAUGACGUCACUGCAGUCGCCGCCGGCGAACGGUGGCGUCGCCGGAAACGGUUACAACGGCGGUGGUGGAGAUGGGUUUAAGAAAGAAAUUAGGGAUUUGGAAGAAAUGUUGUCAAAACUUAACCCUAUGGCUGAAGAAUUUGUCCCUAAUCAAAGACCUCCGUUGCUGACGUCAUCUGGUUCUCAUUUUGGUUAUGCUGCUGUUAAUGGUUUCUUGGGUCAAACUAACAACACUGCUUUUACUAAUGCCACUCCCACAAGAAGGAAGGGGAAUUUUGCUCAUGGAAAGCGAAGGAUGAACAGCAGAACUAGCAUGGCACAACGGGACGAUGUGAUUAAAAGAACAGUUUAUGUGUCUGAUAUUGAUCAGCAGGUAACUGAAGAACAGCUUGCUGCUCUCUUUGUUAACUGUGGGCAGGUUGUGGAUUGUCGUGUAUGUGGUGACCCUAAUUCCGUUCUUCAUUUUGCAUUUAUAGAAUUUACUGAUGAGGAAGGUGCAAGGAAUGCAUUGACUCUUAGUGGAACAAUGCUCGGGUUCUACCCUGUUAGGGUUCUGCCUUCGAAAACCGCAAUUGCACCAGUAAAUCCAACUUUUCUACCCCAGUCUGAAGACGAAAGGGAAAUGUGUGCAAGAACCAUUUACUGCACUAACAUCGAUAAGAAGGUCACUCAGGCAGAUGUCAAACUCUUCUUUGAAUCACUCUGUGGCGAGGUUUAUCGCUUGAGGUUGCUUGGGGAUUAUAAUCAUUUCACUCGCAUCGCCUUUGUUGAGUUUGUGAUGGCCGAGAGUGCAAUUGCAGCUCUGAACUGUAGUGGCGCUGUGCUGGGAUCGUUGCCAAUAAGGGUGAGCCCUUCAAAGACACCAGUUAGGCCACGUGCAGCCCGUCCUACUAUGCACUGAAUUAGCUUCAGAUUUCUUCUAAUCGAUCUGCUCCUUUAUAUCUACAUAUACAUGCAUAGAUACAGAGAAACUGUUGAAACAUUGUCAUGGCAUUUAUGUUUCUAGUUCCUGUCUUAUGCAUCGAGACUGACUGUUAACCUUUAGUUAAUUUAAUUGCAUGUCCCUUCCUGUUUUAGUUACAUUUUCUUCAAA